AUGAAGGACAGAUUUGACCCUGAGUAUGUCGCUUUUUUUAAUGAAGCUUUGUGUGAAAGGCCCGACAUCCUGGAGACCCACAAGUAUCCUGUUGCGAAAACAAAGGCUGGGGCAAUGUUAUCGCUGGUCGAGCACUGCCAAUGGAAAUGGCCUACAUUUAUGAUCUUGAAAUUCCAAGAAAAUAUACAUCAGCAGAUAGCCUAGUUCCCGCUAGGGUGUUUGUACCAAAGGGAGAAUGCCAGCCAGCGGCUGGCCUUGUACAUCCACACUGAACACUCUUACUGUACGCACCUUGCUGAAUUGGCCAAAUGCAUUGUUAUUACUGUGGAUUAUAGAUUGGCCCCCGAAUUUCCAUUCCCAGCCUGCAUCGACGAUGCGUUCGAGGCUCUGAUGUACGUGAUGGAAAACGCCAUGGCGCUAAAAAUCGACAACAAUAAAGUGUGUCCUGCAGGAUCCUCCGCUGGCAGUAAUCUAGCGGCCGUUAUGACGCAUAAAUAUGCGUCAUCCUCGCUUUCAAAGAAACUACCACCGCUGAAGUUUCAAAUGAUGGUAGUCUCUGUUACCGAUAAUACCGCAACUGCCAAAACACACGUUUCAUGGAAGGAGAAUGAAAAGACCGCUCAACUACCGGCGGUGAAAAUGCUUUGGUACAGAAAGAUAUAUUUGCCAAAAGCAGGACAAACUUUGAGCAAUCCAGAAUCAAGCCCAUUGUUCUUCCCCGAAACCAGUUUCAGACAGGUUCCUCCUUCAUACAUAGCCGCUGCUGAAUGCGAUGUUUUAAGAUCGGAGGCCGAGGCUUAUCACGAGAAAUUGAAGGCUAAUGGAAUUGAUAGCAAGAUCACCGUAUGCAAACGUGUUCCGCAUACUGCCAUGGUAAUAAACGAGAGGCUAACUCAGGGUGCAAAUCUAGUCAAAGAUAGUAUUGAAUGUAUCAAAGAGGCCUUUUAUGUGUAA